AUGGAAGACCUUGACAUGAUUGACGUUGCUGACGAUAUUGACAUUCAGAUAGACACAGAAGUAGCUGCUCCGAUCGCGCAACAGCCGCAACAAGUUAUUCAAAAUAACACAGCAGGCGCACAAGAAAGCAUUCCCGCAGCUUAUCUCGAGGACAUUGUAGUCCACAGGCCAUGGCCCGAGUCCUUAAACCUGCAGGGCGUGGACAAUUUCGACCCGAACGAUCCCCUCUAUUAUGCCAUAGAGCAUUGCCAGUCCGACCCGCGCGUCAAGCAAUUGCGAUGGGUCAACGAUACCUCAGUCAACCUGGAUUACUACAGUAGCGAAGAUGCGGCACUCGCCCUAAAGAUGUUGACCGCCCCAGAGGUUGGCGACACAAGCCACCUUUCGAUGCAAGCCAGUCGCCCAGCGAAACCGUACUCCAAGAAGCCGGAUAAUAUCCUGACGAUUAGGCAGUCGAACGCUGGCGACGAGAAGCCAAAGGGCGCGGCCCAGAAGAGUAACUACUACCAACGAAACCCUGAUGUGGCCGGCAACCGCCAGCGAGCACCGCGCAAGAGGUCGCCCGCCCCCAGGAAAGAUUACCUCGACUACGGAGAAGAUGACAUGGCUUCUAGGGGUCAGGACAGGCGGAGAAGUACCGGUGACGAGUCAAUGGGUGAUUCCGGUGCUGAUCGAAGAGGUCCGCGCCGCAAUGGACGAGACGAGCGUGACGGACGCGACAUGCGCGGCCGCGGCAGAGGAGGAGGCCGUCAACAAGGUGGCAGGUUCCGAAGUGACGCCCAAAAUCAGGAUGUCGACUCCUACAGACCAAGUUCGAGAAGUCCCAAUGAGCCACGCUUCGGUCGUCUACGAGGACGUAGCGCAUCUCCCACGCCAUACGAUGAAGGCGACGGCCGCUUCGGAUUCUCCGAGCACGACUCCCAUGCAGGGCCCCGUCGGUACCGCAGCCGUAGUCGCAGUGACAACCGGCGUCGACGCGAACCUAGUGCCGACCGCUGGACUCACGACCGCGCAAACUACGAUCGUCAAGGCGGUACUACGGGUGGCAGUCGCUGGCAAAAGGACACUGCCCUUGUCGAAAGCUCCCCAAUGGGCAACCACCACCGCUCAAACGCCAUUGAUGCAUCGUCCAAGUCAAAAGGAGCAGGCGAGUCACUCUUGUCACGCAUGACCAAGAAUGGCCAGCCUUUGGCACCACAGCAGAAACCCAAGCGUUCGCUAGCUGAUAGGAUUACGCGCGACGAUAAUUCAGACGAGGUGUUUGGUCGGCUGAAGAACGACUACAGCGACCCCUACGUCACCGAGUUCUCUGAAUCAACUCAAACUCGUCGUGGUCUCGCCGACCGCAUCACUCGCGAUAACGACAUGAACAUCCGCGGACGAGCACGAAGCCAAGAAGGUAUCAACAUCCGUGGCUCAGCUGAUCGCAGUGGAAGUGGCAUCAAUAUCCGUGGCGUAGCAAGUGGCGCUUAG